AGGAAAUGGAGUGAGGACUGACGAAACCACGAAGACAUGCAGCGGUUAAACUGAACUCACACUCUCUCAGACCAGACGCUGGACAACAGCCCUUCAAAUUCACCAUAAAAAUCUUCAUGUUGCUGAAGUAACCAUGAGGUACACCUUCAAGCCGGAUGACUGCAUGGUCAUCACUAUUCCCCUCGGCAGCAUCAGGAACGCCCGAGAGGGACAGCUCAUGCCUGACAAAUUCACAUGCAGGUUCAAGGACUCCUACAAAGUGUUUCAGCGGGGUCGCCCCAAAGCGCUCGGGGCAGCGCAGAUCAUCACUGCAGUUUUCAUCCUGUGUUUGGGAGGAAUCUUAAUCAGCUUCGAAAUGACUGGAGACUUUUUUCUUUUUCCCUUCGUCCUUUCCUUCAUCAUGUAUUUACUGUGUGGCAGUUUGACAAUCACUUCUGGACACACUCCGCUGAUGCCUGUGAUGAAAGCUUCAUUUAUCUUCAACAUCUUUGGCCUUGCUGUGGCAGUUGGCCUUAUUGUCACGUGUGUGAUAGAGAUUAUUUAUCUGCCAUGGUGCCGGAAUAAUAACAUGUGUAAAGGACUGGGCGUGGUGGCCUCAGUGCUGUACGCAUUCGAGUUUCUCCUCUCUGCGAUUCUGAUUCACUGGGAAAGUAAAGCCAUGUGCCGAACUCAUUUUAACACCCUGCCCAUGAUCACACUGAAACAGGACAUGUGAGUGUGAUGGACGGAAACUGCACGGUUAUUUCAUUAUACAAAGAUUUAGUGACCUUUGAUGACCUCGGAUGAGCUUUGCUUCUUUUCCCGAGCAAGGCGUCAUAUACAGUAUUCACAUCUCCGAGUUUCAGUAAAUAAAUGUAAGGAGGAUGUUGCUUGUUCUUACUUUUACUUGUUUUUUCUUUUAAAAAGCUGCUUGUUAAUGGGCUGAUGUGCUUGUAUGUAAUGUAAAGUAAUUUUUUUGUAUUCAUAUGAAUCUACACAUUUUAAUCAUAAAUGUAAUAGACUCAUUUUACAAUUUACAUUCACAUUUUAUUAUAUGUAAAAUUAUUCUUAUUCUGUUCUGUAUAGCACUGAGUAUUAAAACCGUGUGUUGUCUACAUGACUAAAAAAUGCGAGUGUGUGUGUGUGUGUGCGUGCGUGCGUGUGGAACAGAGGGUGUGAAAAUGUGCAGACCAGCUCAACAUUUUCUGCAUGUUUUUUUUUUUUAGUUUUUCAGUCAGAUGUUCUCCAGCUAAGGACACAAAGUACAAACUCUUUGAAAGACUUUAAUAUCUUUAUAAGGAUGUAAUAUAAAAGUGAUGUGUGCACCAAUAAUGUUAUAUGGAAGCUUGCUCUCAUUAUUGUUUUAUCAUCACAUUAUUGCUGUGUAUUUAUAUCAUUAUUGCAUGUUAGACUCAAAGGAUCGCAUCACUCAGACAUUAACAGUCUGCUUUGUCAAAAUAACACUUACUUCACCGUAUAUGUGAAGCUGCCGCUUCUGGGUGCUUGGGUAUGUGUGUGUGUGUGUGUGUGUGUGUGGGCUACACUUGUUUGUGGUCAGUUAAGGGAAGUUAAUGUUGCAGCAGUUGUAUUACUGCAGGGUUUAACAAGAGGCCUAUGGUUAGGAAGGGGUUUUGCUUUAAUGGAAACAAAAGAACAAAGGAAAGCAAACAUUAGAUCACAAUUCUCUGCACAUUCUCGACAUACCUAGAAUUCAAUCAACUGCAGCACAAUUGGAUUGUUGGAGCUGUGUAGACUACAGCUGAGCACAACAUCCAGAAAUAAGCUGUGUAGUUGUGUCAUCAUCUGAUUUAAACAUGCAAGGAAAACGUGAUUCUCCACGAACAGAAAUCUAGUCCAUCGGCAUCCUGUAAAUGCAACUGUAAGCUCAACAAUGCACAUCUAAAACGUAUGGAACAGAUUACACAGUUUUACACAGAUUACAAGUUUUCUAACAUGGGUGCAAUAUUUUUUUAACAUGUUUAGGAAUAGGUUUUAGAACAAAUUAUCUGACAAACCAAAUCUAAAAGUGCACUGAAAGCAUGACACAUUUUUAUUUUUUGGGCAUGUCAUACACUGUUACUUCUGUUUGUAUGUAAAAAAUAUUAUUAAAUAAAAAUUAUAUUUACUGAAA